UUUGCUUCGGCCGAACGACCAGACGAGCACGGGAUGAGAGCGGCCGCCGUGUCGUAGGACUGCGAUGCGUCGCCCGUGGCCGGUCGGCAGCCCCACAACGACAUCGAGCGAGGAUGCUGGGAGCGCACGCAGUUGCCGUGGAUCUCGUAUCGCCAGCAAGCAGCCCGAUGCAGCGAAUGGCGCCGCUCCCAGCAUCACACUGUUGCGGCUCCGGUCGCCGGUGGAGCGGCCGCCGCUGAGGGAGCUCUGAGCGCCGCAGCUGACAGGCGACGGACUAUGCGUCGACCCGCUCCGAGGAGAGAGCGCCCAUUCGAGACGCCUUCUCCCGCGGCAGCUACUGUUGUUGUUCCGCUGGCGUGGUGCGAUGGCGGCGGCUCGCCCGCGGCGGGCCGCCCCGCUUGGUCGUCGUCGCCUCCGACGGGGCACGUCGUAGUCGUCGCACGCCCCGCGCCGGUGGCCCGUGACUCGUGAGACGACGUCGGUGCCACGAUGCCCGUUCGCAGGGGGCACGUUGCCCCUCACAACACCUUCAUCGACUCCAUCAUCCGCAAGUUCGACGGCAUGAACCGUCGUUUCCUGGUGGCCAACGCCUUGGUGGACUCCCUGCCCAUCAUCUACUGCAACGACGGCUUCUGCGAGCUGGUGGGCUACACCCGGGCCGAGCUGAUGCAGCGAUCGUGCGUGUGCGAGUUCCUGCACGGUCCGCUCACCGACCCGGACGCCGUGGCCGCCUUCCGGGAUGCCCUCGACAACAUGGUCGAGCGGCAGACCGAACUGCUCUACUACCGGAAAGACGGGUCCAAGUUCCUGUGCAGCCAGGUGGUUGCGCCCAUUCGGAACGAGGACGGAGACAUCUGCAUGUUCAUCGUCAACUUCGAGGAUGUCACCGACGCGCCUUACAAGGCCGACGAAGAGGCCGCCGGGGGACUGGCGGUGCCGGCAUCGGCAGACGACCUGGCGCCACUGCCGCAAGCGCUGGUCAGGACCUGCGCUCGGGCAGCGGGUCGGAGCCGUUCCCUGCGGCUGCGUAUGCCGGGUAGCCGGAGGACGUCGUUCGCGCUCUCCAAGUCCACGACCACUGAAGAGGACGAUGCGGCGCCGGAGUCCAUGCGUGCCCUGGUCGUGUCCUCGUCGGACACGCCUGAGCAGCAGCCCACCACAACGGUGGUCACGCGGCCAACCAAGGCGGUCGCUGUGUUGGCGCCCUACGAACAGCGCGCCUUGGACAAGGGGGCUCCGCUGCACCGCACCGCCAACAGCGUGGGCAGCCGAGCGCUUCCAAACGCGUCCUCCGAGUCGGACCUGGGCCGCUACGCUACUCUGACAGGCCAGACGAGGGCAAAGUCUCCGUCCCUGAGUCAGGUGACGGUGGACCCCCGCAAGGACAACUCGCACUCGUCCACGGCCUCCAAGCUGGUCCUCAAGGAGGUCCAGUCGCACAGCUUCAAGCAGCACGUCGGAGAGAAGGUGGCCCAGGUUCUGUCGCUGGGCGCGGACGUGCUCCCCGAGUAUAAGCUGCAGAAGCCGAGGACGCACAAGUGGACCAUCCUUCACUACUCGCCCUUCAAGGCGGUCUGGGACUGGGUCAUCCUGCUGCUCGUCAUCUACACGGCCAUCUUCACGCCCUACGUGGCCGCCUUCCUGCUGGACCAGCAGAGACCCGACUCGCGCCGUAACCGAAAGUACGGCGACGAUCCCAUCGUUGUCAUCGACCUCAUCGUGGACAUAUUCUUCAUGAUCGACAUCUUGAUCAACUUCCGCACCACCUACGUCAACUCGAACGACGAGGUGGUCUCACAUCCGGGCAAGAUCGCCGUCCACUACCUGCGAGGCUGGUUCAUCAUUGACGUCGUUGCUGCCAUCCCCUUCGAUCUGCUCCUUUUUGGCUCCGAAACCGAUGAGACCACGACGCUGAUCGGUCUCCUGAAGACGGCGCGCCUUCUGCGGCUGGUUCGCGUGGCGCGCAAGAUCGACCGGUACUCGGAGUACGGGGCCGCCGUGCUUCUCCUGCUCAUGGCCACGUUCGCGCUGAUCGCCCACUGGCUGGCCUGCAUCUGGUACGCCAUCGCCAACGCCGAACGGCCCUACCGACAGCCGAAGAUCGGAUGGCUGGACCACCUGGCCAACGCCACGCACCAGUUCUACGUCAACGAGACCCAGGGCGGUCCCAGCAUCAAGUCCAAGUACGUCACUGCACUCUACUUCACCUUCUCGAGCCUCACUUCGGUGGGGUUCGGCAACGUGUCGCCCAACACAAACAUGGAGAAGAUCUUCUCCAUCCUUGUCAUGCUCAUCGGAUCACUCAUGUACGCCAGCAUCUUCGGUAACGUAUCGGCCAUCAUUCAGCGGCUGUACUCGGGCACGGCCCGCUACCACACGCAGCUGCUCAGAGUCAAGGAGUUCAUUCGCUUCCACCAGAUCCCGAACCCACUGAGGCAGCGCCUCGAGGAGUACUUCCAGCACGCCUGGACGUACACGAACGGCAUCGACAUGAACAUGGUGCUCAAGGGGUUUCCGGAAUGCCUUCAGGCGGACAUCUGCCUGCACCUGAACCGGAACCUGCUCAACAACUGCCCGGCGUUCCGCGGCGCGAGUCCCGGCUGCCUGCGCGCACUCUCCAUGCGCUUCAAGACGACGCAUGCGCCGCCGGGGGACACGCUAGUUCACCGAGGUGACGUCAUCACGGGCCUCUACUUCAUCUCGCGCGGAACCAUCGAGAUACUCAAGGACGACAUCGUCAUGGCCAUCCUCGGCAAGGACGACAUCUUCGGUGAGAACGGCUGCCUGUACGGCACGGUGGGCAAGUCAUCGUGCAACGUGCGCGCGCUCACCUACUGCGACCUGCACAAGAUCCUGCGCGAGGACCUCCUGGACGUGCUGGACAUGUACCCAGAGUUCUUCGACCAGUUCUCCACCAACCUCGAGAUCACCUUCAACCUUCGCGACGAUGACCAGGAGGGAGUCGACCCCGACCUCUUUCGGGGCAAGUCGCUACACAACAGGCCGGCCAGUUCGCCGGAGGAAGGCGAGACCCGGAGCCAAGCGUACCAGUACCCGCGGGCUCGGCGGAGACGGCGGCGGCGGGGACGUCGCGGUUCGUCGAGCUGCGACGACGGAUUCGGCGGCGGCGGCGGCGGGGGCUUCUCCGACGACGACGACGACGGCGACGACGACGGCGGCAUCGGACCGACGGGCAGCGGGCGCCGCACCGAGUCCGGCCGGGGAAUCCUCGAGUUCUCGCCCGAGAAGGCCGGACUCGACGUGACGCCCGCGAACUACGACUUCCAGGAGGCGCACGUGGCCGCCGGAAGCCGCAGCCCCAGCGUCGAGCCCCGACGCCGCAACGGCACGCUCAACUCCAUCGCCGGGGCCAUCACUAGUGUGGCGAACCUGACCACCGCUGUGUUCGGAACCGGGCCCGGAGCGACGCAUAGCUCUGGCGCCACUCCUUGCGCUGACUCGGGCUCCCGGACUGGUUCAGCCGCUCACGGUCAGAGGUCGCUCAGUCCGGGACGGGCGUGCGACGAGCGCCAGAGGUCGUCGGCCGCGGGACGUGGGGUGUCGCCUAGGAUGAGCCGUGCGAAGCAGCAGGCGCUAACGUUUUCGCUGGCGACGACGUUGGCGCUGCCGCUGAAGCGGCGUUACGCCGGAAAGAAACUUGGGGUCUGGGGUGGCGCAACGCACGCAGUGAUGAAUCUGUGUUUUCUGCUGGAACAUGCCGAUCGCUGCUAA